AUGGAUUAUCCCGGCGGCGCGACAAGCGUGCCACAAGUCGCCAUCGACCUCAACGCGGCCGCCGAAACCGCGCAAAUCGAUCAAUUCGGCUUCUACAAUUCGAAUUUCGCGCAAUCCGCACAAUCUCCAAGCAGCUAUGAAGCGCCAACCGGCGCAAUCGACCAUCCAACCGGAAACAUCUAUCGUCGCGCCAAUUUGGGAACCGCCGGCAAAAUGUUGGAGAACAACGGAUUCGGUUGGCUUCUGGAGGUCAACGAGGAAGACAACGAUCAAGUCCCGCUACUUGAGGAGCUCGACAUCGACCUCACCGACAUCUACUACAAAAUCCGAUGCGUUCUUCUCCCGCUGCCAUAUUUCCGGAUGAAGUUGAACAUCGUUCGCGAAUCGCCCGACUUCUGGGGACCACUGGCCGUUGUGCUCGCCUUCGCGCUUCUCUCCAUCUACGGACAAUUGAGUGUGGUCUCAUGGAUCAUAACAAUGUGGUUUUGCGGCGGCUUCAUGGUCUAUUUUAUCGCGAGAGCUCUUGGAGGUGACGUUGGCUAUUCGCAGGUUCUCGGCAUCGUCGGCUAUUGCCUAAUUCCGCUCGUCGUCACCUCAACAAUAGCGCCCCUAUUUUCCAAUUUCCGUCUCCUCACGAAUCUCCUCGGCAUUUUCGGAACCGUCUGGUCCGUGUACAGCGCCGGCACACUUCUAUGCGUCGACGAGCUUCAAACGAAGAAGCCGCUCGUCGUCUAUCCCGUCUUUCUCCUCUACACUUAUUUCUAUUCAUUGUAUUCGGGUGUUUAA